AUGUCUUUUUACCAUUGUCAGUUUGUCUGUUUCUCUCACCCCUUUUCUCCCUGGUCUCUCCUCUCUCUCUCUCUCUCUCUCCUUGGUCUCCCUCUCUCUCUCCCUUGGUCUCUCUCCCGCCCUCUCUCUCUCUCCUUGGUCUCCCUCUCUCUCUCUCUCCUCUCUGGUCUCCCUCUCUCUCUCUCUCCUUGGUCUCCCUCUCUCUCUCUCUCCUUGGUCUCCCUCCGCCCUCUCUCCUUGGUCUCCCCGCCCUCUCUCCUUGGUCUCCCUCCCGCCCUCUCCUCCUUGGUCUCCCUCCCGCCCUCUCUCCUUGGUCUCCCUCCCCCCUCUCUCCUUGGUCUCCCUCCCGCCCUCUCCUCUCCUUGGUCCUCCCCCUCUCUCUCCCUUGGUCUCCCUCCCUCCGCCCUCCUCUCUCUCUCCCCUCCCUCCCGCCCUCUCUCUCUCUCCUUGGUCUCCCUCCCUCCCGCCCUCUCUCUCUCUCUCCUUGGUCUCCUCCUCUCCCUCCGCCCUCUCUCUCUCUCCUUGGUCUCCCUCCCUCCCUCCCGCCCUCUCUCUCUCUCUGGUCUCCCUCCCCCCUCCCCUCCCUCUCUCUCUCUCUUGGUCUCCUCCCUCCCCUCCCCCCCCUCUCUCUCUCUCCUUGGUCCCUCCCCCUCCCGCCCUCUCUCUCUCUCCUUGGUCUCCCUCCUCCCGCCCUCUCUCUCUCUCCUUGGUCUCCCUCCCCCCCGCCCUCUCUCUCUCUCUCUCCUUGGUCUCCCUCCCUCUCUCCCGCCCUCUCUCUCUGGUCUUUUUUUCUCUCUCUCUCUCCCUGAUUGUGCUAAGCACUCCACUACUGUGGCCCUGUACCAGAUUGUGCUACUCCACUACUGUGGCCCUGUACCAGAUUGUGGCCCUGUACCAGAUUGUGCUAAGUACUCCACUACUGUGGCCCUGUACCAGAUUGUGCUAAGUACUCCACUACUGUGGCCCUCUGUUGAAAAUGUUGCUGCUGAACUUAAUAGUGGAAUCUGUUAUUACAUCAGUGGAAAUAACAAAACCCACAUCAAUGCUAUUAACCUGGAUCAAGUUCUGGAGAAGGACCAACAGCAAGGAAGUGUUUCUAUACCACAAAGCUUUAGAGAUAAGUUGAUGUUUAUAUACACAUCUGGAACCACAGGUCUUCCUAAAGCUGCUGUAAUAACCCAUACUAGGUAUUUUUUCAUGGCCUAUGGAAUAAAGUGUUUCCUGCAAGUGCGGGACAAUGAUAUCCUCUACAACACCCUCCCUCUGUAUCACUCAGCAGGUGGAAUUCUUGGAAUUGGUCAAACAUUGCUUGGGGGAUCAACGUGUGUAAUACGUAAGAAAUUUUCCGCAAGCCGAUUUUGGGAUGACUGUGUUGAGUACAAUUGCACGGUUUCCCAGUACAUUGGUGAAAUUUGCCGUUAUCUUCUUGUCCAACCACAUCGACCAUCGGAAACCCAACACAAAAUCCGGCUUAUGUUUGGAAAUGGACUCAGACCACAGAUUUGGGGAAAAUUCCAGAAGAGAUUCUGUAUUGAACAGAUUGGUGAAUUUUAUGGUGCUACUGAAGGCAACUGUAGUCUGAUCAACAUGGAUAACACGCCGGGAGCCGUGGGUUUCACGACACGAAUUUUACCAGCAUUGUACCCAGUCUCUCUCAUCAAGGUUGAUGAAUGUACAGGGGAACCAGUCCGAGAUAGAUACGGAAUGUGUGUUCAUGCCAAACCAGGUGAACCUGGGCAGCUAGUUGGCAAAAUUGUUCGAGGAGAUCCUGCUCGAGAAUUUGAUGGUUAUCUUAACCAGAAAGAAACGUCCAAAAAAAUUGUUACCAAUGUUUUCCGAAGAGGUGACGUGGCUUUCCUUACAGGUGAUGUAUUAGUCAUGGACAAGUUUGGUUACAUGUACUUUCGUGACAGAACUGGAGAUACAUUCCGUUGGAAAGGAGAAAAUGUUUCCACAUCUGAAGUUGAAGGAGUAAUCAGCAAUAUUCUUAAGCUGAAAGAUGUUGUUGUUUAUGGUGUUGAAGUCCCCGGUAUUGAAGGACGUGCAGGUAUGGCUGCUAUAUUGGAUGAACAUGAAACCCUCAACUUGGAUUCCCUUAGUGAAAAUUUGGCCAUGGUUCUACCCCCAUAUGCUCGGCCAAUGUUCAUUCGACUGUUGAAAUCUGUAGAAACAACUGGGACGUUCAAAAUUCGAAAAGUGGAUUUGAAGAAAGAAAGCUUUGAUGUAACAAAGGUUCAAGAUAAAAUCUAUUAUAUGGAUGUUCGAUCCGGACAAUAUAAGCCUGUGACACCAGAAAUCUACAAGGAUAUUUGUGAAGGCAAAAUCAAGUUGUAA